CUCAUAUUGCUGUACAACCUCCUUCAGACGCAACUGCAUCAGAAGCAAAUGCUGCAAUGGAAGUAGAAGAGGAGAAAAAGGGAGUGAAUGAUGUAGUUAUUGAAAAAUUAAAUGAAACCAGCGCCAAUUCAGGAAUAACUUGUUUAGAUAUUGACCAAACUGAAAAUCUUAUUCUUACUGGAGGAAACGAUAAGAAAGCGCAAAUAUUUAAUAGAGAAAGGAAUAAAACUGAGAAAACAGUACAAACUUUGGCUAAGGUAGAAAGUAACGAAGUAAACGAUGAUGGUCUCAUCCUGGGAACAGGAACGAACGAUUCCGUUGUUCGCAUUUGGGAUGUUAAAUCUCAACAAAAUGUUGCAUCUUUUACUGGUCAUACUGGUCGCGUCACAUCGAUUUCUUUCUCGGAGAAUGGUUAUUUCUUAGCAACUGCAUCAGAGGAUAAUCUGGUAAAAUUAUGGGACCUUAGAAAAUUAUCGAAUUUCCAUACUCUGACUAUUGAUGAAGGAAAGAUCAAUAAGGUUGUAUGGGACUAUAGUGGUCAUUAUUUAGCUGUUGGUGGAACUGACAUGAGAAUUUAUCAAUCUAAAACAUGGAAUGAGCUUGUGGUUAUGUCCGAGAAUACCGCAGAAAUUACGGAUAUGAAAUUCGGAGAAUUAGCCAAAUAUUUGGUAGUUGGUGGUUUAGAUCCAUGA